GGCGGCGGCGGGUCUUCGGUGUUUACCGAGGAGUAAACAGCGUAUAAACGCGGUGAAACCCCCGCAGGGCUGUGGGCGGAGAGCUCUGGACUCUGCUAUGGAUCAUUGGGAGGACAAAGAGGGCCGAGUCUCUCUGUGUGAGGACCAGAACCAGGACCAAGACCAGGACCAAGACCAAGACCAGGACCAGGACCAGGACCACCGGACCAAAGCUCAGAGAGUUCAGCAGGUGAAGUCGGAGCUUUGUCCUGUCCAGCAGGGUCUCACACACUUCAGCUCCAUAUUUACGCAUCUUGAAGAAAACAUCGUCACUUUUGUGAAGAAUGAGCUGAAUGAAGUCCAGAAGGUUCUGGGUCCAGAUUACUUGGAGUUGUUGGAGAGUCAGUGGGAGGAGGAGGAGGAGGAGGAAGAGCAGAAGAGGAGCAGGGAGGCCUUCCUGAACAUCACACUGUACUUCCUGAGGAGGAUGAAGCAGCAGGAGCUGGCCGAGCGUCUGCAGAGCCGAAUGUGUCGACGUCAGCUCAAGUACAACCUGCAGAGGAAGUAUCGGAGAGUGUUUGAGGGCUUCGCUGCAGCAGGAAACCCCACCCUGCUGAACGAGAUCAGCACAGAGCUCCACACCACAGAGGGAGGGGGCGCAGAGGUCAAUGAGGAACAUGAGUUUAGACAGAUGGAAACUGCAUCCAGGAAACCAGACAGACCAGAAACAAGAAUCAGACAAGAAGACAUCUUUAAAGCCUCAGCUGGAAGAGAUGAACCAAUCAGAACAGUGCUCACAAAGGGAGUGGCUGGCAUUGGGAAAACAGUCUUAACACAGAAAUUCACUCUGGACUGGGCUGAAGACAAAACCAACCAGGACAUCAACUUCACAUUUCCAUUCACCUUCAGAGAGCUGAAUACACUGAAAGAGAAAAAGUUCAGCUUGGUGGAACUUGUUCAUCACUUCUUUCCUGAAACCAAAGAAACAGGAAUCUGCAGGUUUGAAGAGUUCCACGUUGUGUUGAUCUUUGAUGGUCUGGACGAGUGUCGACUUCCUCUGGACUUCCACAACACUGAGAUCCUGACUGAUGUCACAGAGUCCACCUCACUGGAUGUCCUGCUGACAAACCUUAUCAGGGGAAAACUGCUUCCCUCUGCUCGCCUCUGGAUAACCACACGACCUGCAGCAGCCAAUCAAAUCCCUGCUGAGUGUGUUGACAUGGUGACAGAGGUCAGAGGGUUCACUGACCCACAGAAGGAGGAGUACUUCAGGAAGAAAUUCAGAGUUGAGGAGCAGGCCAACAGAAUCAUCUCCCAUAUCAAGACAUCACGAAGCCUCCACAUCAUGUGCCACAUCCCAGUCUUCUGCUGGAUCUCUGCUACAGUUCUGGAUAUGUUGAAAACCAGAGAGGGAGGAGAGCUGCCCAAGACCCUGACUGAGAUGUACAUCCACUUCCUGGUGGUUCAGUCCAAAGUGAAGAACAUCAAGUAUGAUGGAGGAGCUGAGACAGAUCCACACUGGAGUCCAGAGAGCAGGAAGAUGAUUGAGUCUCUGGGAAAACUGGCUUUUGAUCAGCUGCAGAAAGGAAACCUGAUCUUCUAUGACUCAGACCUGACAGAGUGUGGCAUCGAUAUAAGAGAAGCCUCAGUGUACUCAGGAAUGUUCACACAGGUCUUUAGAGAGGAGAGAGGACUGUACCAGGACAGGGUGUUCUGCUUCCUCCAUCUGAGUGUUCAGGAGUUUCUGGCUGCUCUUCAUGUCCAUCUGACCUUCAUCAAGUCUGGAGUCAAUCUGAUGGCAAAACAACGACCAACCUCCCCGUGGUGGAAACUCUUCAGCAACAAACCUAAACUGAAACAUCUCUGCCAGAGUGCUGUGGACCAGGCCUUACAGAGUCCCAACGGACACCUGGACCUGUUCCUCCGCUUCCUCCUGGGUCUUUCUCUGCAGACCAACCAGACUCUGCUCAGAGGUCUGCUGAAACACACCGGGAACAUCUCUCGGACCAAUCAGAAAACAGUGAAGUACAUCGAGGAGCAGAUCAGUGAGAACUCAUCUCCAGAGAGAAGCAUCAACCUGUUCCACUGUCUGCAGGAGCUGAAGGAUCACUCUCUGGUGUCAAGGGUCUAUUGGAUCAAGGCAGACGUACAAGUCUCCCCAGAAAAACUGUCUCCUGCUCAAUGGUCAGCUCUGGUCUUCGUCUUACUGUCAUCAGAAACAGAUCUGGACGUGUUUGACCUGAAGAAAUACUCUACUUCAGAAGAGGCUCUUCUGAGGCUGCUGCCAGUGGUCAAAGCCUCCAACAAAGCUCUGCUGAGCGGCUGUAACCUGUCAGAGAGGAGUUGUGCAGCUCUGUCCUCCGUCCUAAGCUCCCAGUCCUCCAGGCUCAGAGACCUGGACCUGAGCAACAAUGACCUGCAGGAUUCAGGAGUGAAGCUGCUGUCUGUUGGACUGAAGAGUCCACACUGUAAACUAAAGAUUCUCAGUCUGUCAGGCUGUCUGAUCACAGAGGAAGGCUGUACUUCUCUGGCCUCAGCUCUGAGCUCCAACCCCUCCCACCUGAGAGAGCUGGAUCUGAGCUAUAACCAUCCAGGAGACUCCGGAGAGAAGCUGCUGUCUGCUGGACUGAAGGAUCCAAGCUGGAGACUGGACACCCUCAGGCUGGAUCAUGGUGGAGAACAGUUCCUGAAACCUGGUCUGAGGAAGUACGCCCGUGAACUUACAGUGGACACAAACACAGUAUGCAGAUACAUGAAGCUGUGGGACGACAACCGGAAGAUGACCUAUGUGGUGGAGCAGCAGCCAUACCCGGAUCAUCCCGACAGGUUUGAGUGUUACGCUCAGCUGCUGUGUGGAGACGCUCUGACUGGUCGAUGUUACUGGGAGGUCGAGUGGAGAGGAAUCGCUUAUGUGGUGGUGGGUUACAGAGGAAUCAGAAGGAAAGGGAUGGAUCCUACCUGCUGGUAUGGAGGGAACGAUCAGUCCUGGAGUCUGAGGUGCUGUUUCUGUGAUUAUUACUAUGUCACUCACAACUGCAACAGAAUAGAGCUCCCUACUGCCUCGCCCCUCAGGUCCACUAUCUCUGGUAGAGUAGCAGUCUAUGUGGACCGUCCUGCCGGCACUCUGUCCUUCUACAGAGUGUUCUCUGGCGCUCUGGUCCACCUCCACACCUACAACACCACGUUCACUGAACCUCUUUAUGCUGGCUUUGGGUUUGGUCCGGACUGGGAUGAUCCGUUACUGUACGUGUGUCCGCUGUAGGAGAGACACUCAAAAAGCUGACACACAUGCAAGUCAUGCUAACUCAGAGCUACGAGACAGAGAAAGGACGUCUCCUUCAGGACGGACUCAGUGGACCAAUAUGAAGACAUUAUAGUCUGGAAAAACAGGAUCUUAAACACGUGGAUAGGAUGUGUGAGCCUUGCAUUGUACAUGCACCACCUUCGAUGCCAAAGAGCUCAUUGUGGACUUCACGUCUUCACACAUUUACGUCUCUGAGGACCCUCAGCUCCAGAAGACUCACCAGUGACCUCCACCAAGGCAGCUCCUUGAACAACAGUGUGUCAACAAACAACAAACACUUUGUCUAAAGGCAGCAGGUCAGCAGAGACUAAGACUGAAAAGAAAUCAACAGAUGUAAAAAAUGUAAAUGUUUACAUUAAGAGGAGUGUUGUUACACAUUGGCCAUGACCCUGAACCCUGACCAUGAACCCAAACCCUGAACCCAAAUCCUGAACCUUAACCCUGAACCGUGACCUUAAACCAUGACCCUGAACCCAGACCCUGACCCCCUAAACCCUGACCCUAAACCCAAACCCUAAACCAUGACCCUGAACCCAGACCCUGACCCCCUGAACCCUGACCCUAAACCCAAACCCUGAACCAUGACCCUGAACCCUGACCCUGGUACUAUGAUGGUCCUGUCACAGCCCUACAGUCUGUACACUAUUCUUAUUGAUAUUUAUAUUUCUGCUCGUCAGGAGUAUAAAUCUCUUCUCUCAGAACUUUGCUCAGACUUUGUACAGAAAGACAGUUUUGAACUUGUCGACUGUUGAAGCCUCAGAUUCACUUCAGCUGCACUUCUGAAGUUAAUGUCAAUUUUUUGUCUUUUUUGUCAUUCUGCCCUCAUAGCGAUCUAAAAGAUGAUAUAAUUACAACGAAUGUAACUUUGAGUUGGAAGCAGUCUGAAUUAAAACGUGUUUGUGUUUGAA